CUUUUAGUCCGCCGGCUGAAGUUGGACAUAUUUGAUCGAAAACACUGUUUCAACAGCAGAAUCUGGAAAUCUUUUCGAUUGGCCAAGGUAAGACUGGCAGGGAGAAACCAUGUUGAGAGCUCCUACUCCGAACAGCCUCUCGAAUCACCCGACACCGGAAAACGAAUCUACUUCACAACAGCCGACAACGCCGCCGCAACAGCUACUUUCACAGCAGCUGAGGUCUUCAUCUUUAGCUUCCAGGAGUCAUCAACUCCAUCCUGCCAGACCUGCUAUGAUCGAUCUUUUUAACCUCUACUUAGGAGUGAAUGCACGGAACAAGCAGGAUGAGGCAACCCGAGAACCUCCGAACAAGGCACAAAAGAGAGUUACUGCUCUAAACAGGGAGUUUCCUCCCCAAAAUGAACAAUUCCUUAUAGAUUUUGAGCAACUGCAGAGCCAAUUUACUGACCAAGAACAAUUGCAUGCUGUGACAGAAUCUGUUCUCAUAUCUUUGGUUAUUCAGUGUAGUAGCCAUGCUCCCCGAGCAGAAUUCCUCCUCUUCGCUAUACAUGGCCUGUGUAGCAUAGGGUACAUAAACUGGGAUACUUUCUUUCCAUCUCUUCUUUCUUCAGUUUCAUCAGCAGACAUGUGUGUUGGUCAGGGGAGUCAACUUGCUGGUACUGGACCAUCUUCUGCUUUAUCACAUUCUGUGAUGCUGUCCAAUUCCAUUACAGUAACUAAUACCUCCAAUUUUCCGUCAUCAAAUCCUGCAUCUCCUUUACCAAAGAUCCAUGGUAUUGGAUCUCCUGUGCAGCCGGCAGCUGAAACAUCACUUUGUGUCACUUUGUCCGCUAUGAAGUCAUCUGAUGUUAGUGCCGCAGGUCAACAGUCUAUGGCAAGAGCAAAUUUCUCCCUAUGGGACAAUGCACUUACUAGCCUGCAACUAUUGUGUUACAAAAUAAUUCUAACUGGUUUGGAAUCUAAUUUGAAGCCUGCAACACAUGCUGAUAUUUUGCAUCACAUGUUGAAUUGGCUGAUUAGCUGGGACCAAAAAAAUGAGAUGGAUGGCUUUGAUGGGUCAAAACACUGCAAACUUGACAAGGCUCACAUUGAGUGGCUACACAGUUGCUUAGAUGUGAUAUGGUUGCUUGUUGAGGAUGACAAAUGUCGUGUACCUUUUUAUGAACUUCUCCGAAGUGGGCUGCAAUUUAUAGAAAAUAUACCUGAUGAUGAGGCAUUGUUCACUCUUAUUUUAGAGAUCCACCGGAGGAGGGAUAUGAUGGCUAUGCACAUGCAAAUGUUAGAUCAACACCUUCACUGCCCAACAUUUGGCACUCCAAGACUUUUGCCUCAGGGAACCUCAAAUAUGCCUUGUGAACAGGUGACUCACAUGAGAUACUCGCCGAUUACAUACCCCAGUGUGCUAGGAGAACCGCUACAUGGAGAGGAUCUUGCUGUUUCUAUCCAAAGAGGAAGUCUGGAUUGGGAGAGAGCUGUGCGAUGUCUAAGACAUGCUCUUCGCAGCACUCCAUCACCAGACUGGUGGAGGCGUGUACUUCUUCUGGCACCUUGUCACAGACCUAGUGGACAGGCUCUGACUCCUGGUGCAGUAUUCACAUCUGAAAUGAUCUGUGAGGCAACAAUUGAAAGGAUUGUUGAGUUGUUAAAGCUGACUAAUUCAGAAACGAAUUGCUGGCAGGAGUGGCUCAUAUUUUCUGAUGUAUUCUAUUUUCUUAUGAAAAGUGGAUGCAUUGAUUUUGUUGACUUUGUGGACAAGCUAGUAUUACGGCUCCAGGAAGAUGAUCAACAUAUACUUAGGACUAAUCAUGUCACAUGGCUGCUGGCACAAAUUAUUCGGGUUGAGCUAGUGAUAAAUGCUUUGAACCUGGACUCAAGAAAGGUUGUGUUACAUGGGUUUAAGGGUGGAGACAACAAAAAAAAUUGUGUCGUUUCAUAAAGAUGAGAAAAGCUGUGACCCUAAUAGCCCCCAAAGUAUCCUCCUUGACUUUAUAAGCAGUUGUCAGAACUUGCGGAUUUGGUCACUCAAUACAUCAACUAGAGAGUAUCUGAACAAUGAGCAACUUCAAAAGGGAAAGCAAAUAGAUGAAUGGUGGAAGCAAGUGAGUAAAGAAAUGCCUGCUAGGUGACUGUUGUAAGUCAUUUCAUGCAUAACCUGAGAAAGAUUCAUCUGCAUGCAGCCAGCCUAGUUCUCCAUCACUUAAAAACACAUCUAGUGAUGUGGUCUUGUUGGAAUGGGAAUUGAAUGUUCUUUUGAGGGUACAUGUACUCCCCAGUCUCAUGGGCAGGAAGUCAAUAACAGGUUAUGACCUUUUUCCUAGAAGAUAUAAUAUCUUUUGAGGGUACAUGUACUCCCUAGUCUCACGGACUGUAUCACUGGUUGCAAGCACAAUGUAGUGGUUGCGGUAGUGGCUAUAACUGCAUUGGGGCAUGAUUGUGAUAUGAAAGAAAAAAACAGGUUAUGGAUGCAUUCUGAUGGCGUUGGUCGCAACUGUGACCUUUGUUUAUAACCCGGAACGCAUGAUGGAUUAUAUGAAUUUGGAUGAUAGAUCAAUUGGGAUGUUUUGGGUUGUAUCUUACACAAUGGCACAGCCUGCUUGUGAAACGGUGAUGAAUUGGUUAACUUCAGCUGGUUUUACAGAGUUAUUAACUGGACCAAAUGUGCAGUCCACUGAGAGAAUAAUGAUGAUGCGUGAAGUUGUCCCAUUGCCAAUAUCAUUGCUCUCAGGGUUUUCUAUAAAUUUGUGCAUGAAACUUGCUCUUCAGAUGGAGGAUUGUAUGUUUUCCGGACAGGUACCUAGCAUUGCUAUGGUUGAAACAUAUUGUAGGUUGCUGCUCAUAUCUCCUCAUUCACUAUUUCGCUCCCACUUAAAUCACCUGACACAGAGAAACCAAGCCACCUUAACCAGGCCUGGGAAUACCAUAUUGGUUUUUGAAAUUCUCAACUAUCGCUUACUUCCUCUGUACAGAUACCAAAGGAAAAGCAAGACAUUAAUGUAUGAUGUCACCAAAAUGAUAUCUACAUUAAAGGGAAAACGUGGUGAUCAUCGAAUUUUCAGAUUAGCUGAAAAUCUGUGCAUGAAUCUUAUUUUAUCAAUGAGAGAUUUUUUCUUUGUGAAGAGAGAAGGCAAGGGUCCAACAGACUUCACUGAGACUUUGAAUCGCAUAACCGUUACAACUCUUGCAGUCAUUAUUAAAACUCGUGGAAUUGCAGAUUUUGAGCACCUACUCUAUCUACAAACAAUGUUGGAACAAAUAUUGUCAACUAGUCAGCAGUCUUGGUCGGAGAAAACACUUAGAUACUUCCCAUCUAUCUUACGUGAUGCAUUGAAUGACCGAAUGGAUAGGAGUGGCCAAAUGGAUAAAAGAACACUUGCUAUUCAAGCAUGGCAACAGUCCGAAACAGCUGUAAUUCAUCAAUGCACCCAGCUACUUUCAACAUCAGCUGAUCCAACAUAUGUUGUUACAUACCUUAAUCACAGUUUUCCUAUGCACCGCCAAUAUCUUUGUGCUGGUGCAUGGAUACUAAUGCAUGGGCAUCCUGAGAAUAUCAACAGUGGGAACCUGGGACGUGCAUUGAGAGAGUUUUCUCCUGAAGAGGUUACCCUCAAUAUAUACACGAUGGUUGAUGUUCUGCUUCAUCAUAUUCAUUUGGAACUGCAGCGAGGACAUCCUUUGCAGGAUCUUAUGGUAAAAACAGUUUCCAAUCUUUCAUAUUUUAUCUGGACCCAUGAGCUGCUUCCUUUGGACAUCUUGUUGCUUGCACUUAUUGAUCGUGAUGAUGAUCCACAUGCUUUGCGCAUUGUGAUUAAUUUACUUGAUUCUAAGGAGCUUCAACAAAAAGUGAAACUGUACCUUGUAAAUCGCGGUCCACCAGAGAAUUGGGCACAAACUGUACCUUUCAAGCGUGCUGACUUGCAGAAAGCUCUUGGAAGUCAUCUCUCUUGGAAGGAGAGGUAUCCAACAUUCUUUGAUGACAUUGCGGCACGCUUGCUUCCAGUCAUCCCCCUAAUCAUCUAUAGAUUUAUUGAAAAUGAUGCUAUGGAUGCAGCUGAUAGAGUCCUGCAAAUUUAUGCUUCCUUUCUCCAUUACUAUCCUCUAAAUUUUACAUUUGUUCGCGAUAUUCUUGCAUAUUUUUACGGCCAUCUUCCUGGGAAGCUAAUACUUCGUAUAUUAAAUGUGUUGGGUAAAAAGGUUCCUUUUUCUGAGCCAUUUCUUCAGCACAUUAACUCAACUAAUGCAUCAAUGUGCCCUCCAUUGGAUUACUUUGCCACCCUUUUAUUGGGUUUGGUAAAUCAUGUUAUUCCUCCUCUAAUUAGCUCAUCCAGAUCUCCACAAGCGGGAGAUGUCUCAAGCAGCUUUGGCCGUGCUCCACCUACCAAGGUACAUUUAAGUUCUCAACCUGGAUUAACAAAUACUUGUGAAGGCCAGAAACCUUUUUACCAACUUCAAGACCCUGGGACGUACACCCAACUGGUGCUUGAAACAGCCGUAGUUGAGAUACUCUCUUUUCCUGUUUCUGCAUCCCAAAUUGUUUCUUCACUCGUUCAAAUUGUUCUUCAUAUACAACCAACACUUGUUCAAUCAAGCAAUGGCCUACAUGGAACUCCUAGCAAUGUUGGACAGUGCUCACUUUUGCCUACUUCUCCCUCUGGAGGGAGCACUGAUUCACUUGGUGCUACCAGGGCAGCCUCUUCUGUUCCUGGUACAAAUGCUUCUGUUUUUGUGUGGCGAACUGGUUAUACAUGCCAGCAGUUAUCGUGCUUGUUGAUCCAAGCAUGUGGUCUUCUUUUAGCUCAACUCCCUCCAGAGUUUCAUGUGCAACUAUAUUUAGAGGCUGCACGUGUGAUAAAAGAGAGUUGGUGGCUCACUGAUGGACAAAGGUCUGUUGGUGAACUAGAAUCUGCUCUUAGCUAUGCACUUUUAGAUCCCACAUGGGCUGCCCAGGAUAAUACUUCAACAACCAUUGGUAAUAUUGUUGCACUCCUACAUGCGUUCUUCAGUAACCUUCCACAGGAAUGGCUUGAGGGAGCACAUCUCAUUAUUAAACAUUUGAGACCUGUGACGUCUGUGGCUGUGCUGAGGAUAUCCUUUCGUAUUAUGGGUCCUUUACUACCUCGAUUGACAAAUGCUCAUCCUCUUUUCAAUAAGACACUGUCACUGCUUUUAAAUGUACUGGUGGAUGUCUUUGGGAGGAGCACACAGCCACCAGCUCCUGUUGAGGCUUCAGAUAUAGCUGAUAUCAUUGACUUCCUGCAUCAUGUGAUCCAUUAUGAGGGGCAAGGAGGGCCGGUUCAAGCAAGCAGCAGACCUAGAGCUGAAGUCCUUGCUCUAUGCGGAAGGGCAGUCGAAAGCUUACGCCCAGAUGUGCAGCAUCUUCUUUCUCAUUUGAAGACUGAUGCAAAUUCAUCUAUUUAUGGGGCAGCGCACCUAAAGUCUGUUCAAAACUCCUCUUAGUUUCUUUUUUAUCUUACGUAAAUACGUAAUAAUAGAAGGUGAUGACUCCUACAUUGGGUUUGUACCCCUGCAUCUUACAACAUUAUCGGGAUAUUUCAUAGCUCGGUCUUGACAAGAAAGUCAAUUGUUUUGCUACUAAAUAUAGUCAUUAUUGCCUUGGUUGUGUAGGUAUAAUAUUUGGCACAAUUUUGCUGCUUAAAGUAUCACACUCUGCAUUAGUGGCUGCUUAUAGUUGUAUUAUU